GAGAGAGAGGGAGUUCUCAGAAAGAAGGCAAGAGCAGAAGGCUUUGUUUACUUAUGCAGCCCACUGUGGUGAGCUCAAACAAGGUGUGUGUGUUCCUGUAAAACAUACACCGAGGCACACUCGUUUUGGAGGGAAGGCAGAAGCUUUGCGUUCUGAAGAGGAGAGAACAGAGUGGCCAGGUCCGUACAGGAGGAAAGAGGUGGAAUCAGAGGAACAGUCUGUUCGUUCUUUGUCUUUUUUUGUCCUCCGGGUUUUACGGUGAAGAAAGGAAAUUGGAGAAGAGUAGAGUGUUUUCAGAGACGGCAUGGCACGGCGUUUCGCGCUCCGAUGAAACGCAUGCUUCCUGUGGACGUGUUGCUUGAGCGAACCUGCGCACAGCCUGCUGUAAAACUGGACUUGUGCACCUGGAUAGACGUGCUCUGAAUUUCCUCACCUGUUUUGGCUUCGGGGCUGUUUUUUUUUGGGGGGGGAACGUAGAAAGUUUGUUUAAAAAAAAAAAAACUUUUCAACUAGCAGAGUCCUAGCAUGCCCUGAACCUUCGGCGUCUGGUUUGGUUAUUCAUAACAGGAGCAAGCUAGUGUUUGAGUGACUGUAAGGGUAAAAGGAAGGGGGAGAAAAUAUCUGAAUAUAUAUAUAGAGAGAGAGAUGGAGUGCGGGCGGAUGGAGAGGGAGCCGUGUCUCUCUCCCGCUGCCUUCGUCAACCAGGUGCAGUAUUCCAACAUCCUGGAGGGCCGUUUCAAACAGCUGCAAGAUGAGCGAGAGGCCGUACAGAAGAAGACCUUCACCAAGUGGGUGAACUCUCACCUGGGCCGUGUGACGUGCAGGAUCAGCGAUCUGUACACGGACCUGCGGGAUGGACGCAUGCUCAUCAGGCUGCUUGAGGUGCUCUCCUCAGAACAACUGCCGAAGCCCACUAAAGGUCGGAUGAGGAUCCACUGUCUGGAGAACGUGGAUAAAGCACUUCAGUUCCUCAAGGAGCAGAAGGUCCAUCUGGAGAACAUGGGUUCUCACGACAUCGUCGACGGCAACCACCGCCUCACGCUCGGCCUCAUCUGGACCAUCAUCCUGCGCUUCCAGAUUCAGGACAUCAGCGUGGAGACAGAGGACAACAAGGAGAAGAAAUCCGCCAAAGACGCCUUACUGCUGUGGUGCCAGAUGAAGACAGCUGGGUACCCGAAUGUCAACGUGCACAAUUUCACCACCAGCUGGAGAGACGGCCUGGCGUUCAACGCCAUCGUGCACAAACACAGGCCGGAUCUGAUCGAGUUCGACUCGCUGAAGCGCUCCAACGCUCACUACAACCUGCAGAACGCCUUCAACAUCGCAGAGAAAGAGAUGGGGCUCACCAAACUGCUGGAUCCUGAAGAUGUGAACGUGGAUCAGCCGGAUGAGAAGUCGAUCAUCACGUAUGUGGCCACGUACUACCACUACUUCAGCAAGAUGAAGGCGCUUGCUGUGGAGGGCAAGAGAAUUGGCAAGGUGCUGGACUAUGCGAUCGAGGCAGACCAGCUGAUUGAGAAGUACGAGACGUUGGCCUCGGAGCUGCUGCAGUGGAUCGAGCAGACCAUCGUUACACUCAACGACCGGCAGCUCGCUAACUCCCUGAGCGCCGUCCAGAACCAGCUGCAGGCCUUCAACACCUACCGCACUGUGGAGAAACCACCCAAAUUCACAGAGAAGGGGAACUUGGAGGUUCUCCUGUUCACCAUCCAGAGCAAAAUGAGGGCCAACAACCAGAAAGUCUACAUGCCUCGAGAAGGAAAGCUCAUUUCCGACAUCAAUAAGGCGUGGGAGCGGCUGGAGAAGGCGGAACAUGAGCGCGAGCUGGCGCUGAGGAACGAGCUGAUUCGCCAGGAGAAGCUGGAGAUGCUGGCAGCGCGAUUCGACCGCAAGGCCGCCAUGAGAGAGACGUGGCUCAGCGAGAACCAGCGCCUCGUCUCACAGGACAACUUUGGGUUCGAUCUUGGCGCAGUGGAGGCGGCCACACGGAAGCACGAGGCCAUCGAGACGGACAUCGGCGCGUACGGAGAGCGCGUGGCUGCCGUGGAAGCCGUGGCCCGUGAGCUUGAAGCGGAGGGAUACCAUGACGUGCGGCGCAUCCUGGCACGCCGGGACAACGUGCUGCGUCUCUGGGAGUACCUGAAGGAGCUGCUCGCGGCCAGACGGGAAAGGCUCGCGGCACACCGGGACCUGCAGAGACUCCUGCAGGAGAUGAGCUACAUUAUGGACUGGAUGGAAGACAUGAAGGGUCGUCUGCAGUCUCAAGACAGCGGGAAACACCUUCACGACGUGGAGGACCUGCUCCAGAAACACACUCUGGUGGAGGCAGAUGUGUCGGCUCAGGCGGAGGGGAUCCGGGCGGUGCAGGCCGCAGCAAAUCGCUUCACCUCAGACGAAAUGACCUAUAAGCCAUGUGAGCCGGCGCUGGUGGAGGAGAAGGCGGCGCUCCUGGGCAAGGCGUAUGAAGAGCUGGGCAAGCUGGCGGCUGAGCGACGGGCACAGCUGGAGGACUCUCGGCGUCUCUGGCAGCUGCUGUGGGAGCUUGGUGAGGAAGCAGCGUGGAUGCGUGAACAGGAGCAGAUCAUGGCGACAGAGGAGUGCGGGAAGGAUCUGUCCUCUGCCCUACGCCUCCUCUCCAAACACGAGGCGUUCCGCGAUGAGAUGGCUGCCCGCUACGGCCCGCUGGGGAACAGCAUCGCCUCCGGAGAGCAGCUGGUAAAGGAGGGGCACUGUGGAGCGCCGGAGAUCACGGAGAGGAUCAAAGAGAUCAAAGCUCAGUGGGACCGACUGGAGGAGGCAUCUCGUUUGCGAGAGCAGCGUCUGAAGGAGUCUGUAGCAUUCCACCAGUUCCAGACCGACGCCAGCGAUAUGGAGGCCUGGCUUCAGGAGGCUCUCAGACAGGUGUCCAGUCAGGAGGUGGGCCAUGACGAGUACUCUACGCAGACGUUGGCACGGAAACAGAAGGAGGUAGAGGAGGAGAUCCAGAGCCAUCGCUCUCUCAUCGACUCGCUGCACGAGCAGGCUCAAACGCUGCCUUCAGAAUACGCCCAGUCUCCACAGGUGGAGGGUCGUCUCCCUGCUAUCGAGCAGCGCUAUGAGGAGUUGAAGGCCCUGUCCUCAGCACGGCGCGAUGCCCUGGAGGGGGCUCUGGCUCUGUACCGGAUGUACAGCGAGGCUGACGCCUGCCAGCUGUGGAUCGGAGAGAAGGAGCAGUGGCUCCUCACCAUGGAGAUCCCCUCCAAACUCGAGGACCUGGAGGUGGUCCAGCAGAGGUUCGAGACUCUGGAGCCGGAGAUGAAUAAUCUUGGCUCUCGCAUCACUGACGUGAAUCAGGUCGCCGAGCAGCUGCUCAAAUCUGACAACCGCAACAAGGAGCAAAUUAACCAGACUCAGGAUCAACUCAAUGACCGGUGGCGUGAGUUCCAACGGCUGGCAGAUGAAAGGAAGCAGGCUCUGGAAUCAGCGCUGAACCUUCAGAAUUACCAUUUGGAGUGCAACGAGCUGCAGAGCUGGAUGAAGGAGAAGACUAAAGUGAUCGAGUCCACCCAGGACCUCGGCAACGACCUGGCCGGGGUCAUGGCCUUACAGCGCAAGCUCACGGGCAUGGAGAGGGACCUGGAGGCCAUACAGGGGAAGCUGGGCGGCCAGCGUGCCGAGGCUGAGAAGUUGGCAUCCGAGCACCCCGAGCAGGCUGAGGAGAUCCAGGCGCGGCUGGCCGACAUGGAAGAAGUGUGGGAGGAGCUAUGCGGCACCAUGAAGAAGCGCGAAGAGGGUCUGGGCGAGGCCUCCAAGCUGCAGGGCUUCCUGCGCCACCUCGAUGACUUUCAGGCCUGGCUUUCACGUACGCAGACAGCCGUGGCCUCUGAGGACACGCCCACAUCGCUCACUGAGGCAGAGCAACUCCUGGCUCAGCACGAUGCCAUCAAGAACGAGAUAGACAACUACCGCGAUGACUACGAGAGGAUCAAGGCUACUGGUGCAGAGGUGACACAAGGCCAGACGGACGCUCAGUACAUGUUCCUGGCACAGCGGCUGCAGGCUCUGGACACGGGCUGGCAGGAUCUGCGCAGGAUGUGGGAGAGCAGACAGUGCCUGCUGGCCCAGGCCUUCGACUUCCAGACCUUCCUCAGAGAUGCCAAGCAGGCUGAGAGCUUCCUCAACAGUCAGGAGUACGUCCUGUCACACACUGAGAUGCCAUCGAGCCUGCAGGGGGCACUGGAGGCCAUCAAGAAACAUGAGGACUUCCUCACCACUAUGGAGGCCAGCGAGGAAAAGAUCAACGGCGUGGUGGACUCGGGGCGGCGCCUCGUAUCCGACGGCAACGCGAACGCCGACAAGAUCCAGGAGAAAGCCGACUCCAUUGAGGAGAGGCACCAGAAGAACAAACAGGCUGCUAAUGAGCUGCUGGGGAAACUGAAGGAUAACAGAGAGCUUCAGCACUUCCUCCAGGACAGCCAAGAGCUGUCUCUGUGGAUUAAUGAAAAGAUGUUGACAGCCCAGGACAUGACGUACGACGAAGCCAGGAACCUGCACAGCAAGUGGCAGAAACACCAAGCCUUCAUGGCUGAACUGGCCUCCAACAAGGACUGGCUGGACAAAAUCGAUAAGGAAGGUCAGGCUCUGGUGAAGGAGAAGCCCGAGCUGGAGGAGACCGUGUCCGAGACCCUGCGUGAGCUCCAGAAGCAGUGGGAUUUGUUGGAGACCACCACGCAGACCAAAGCGCAGUGUCUGUUCGACGCUAACCGUGCCGAGCUCUUUACCCAGAGCUGCUCAGCUCUCGACACGUGGCUGCAGAACCUCUCCGCACAGCUGCAGAGCGAUGACUUCGGCAAGGACCUGACCAGCGUCAACAUCCUGCUCAAGAAACACCAGAUGCUGGAGCACCAGAUGGAAGUGCGGGAGAAGGAGGUGCAGUCUCUACAGUCGCAGGCUCAGGCCCUGUCUCAGGAGGACGCCGGGAUCGUGGAGGUGGAUGGGCAGCAGAGGAGAGUGAUGGACACCUUCGCUCAGCUCCAGGAGCCUCUCAAUCAGAGACAAAAACACCUGCUCGCGUCAAAAGAGGCCCACCAGUUCAACAGAGACCUGGAGGAUGAGAUAUUAUGGGUAAAGGAGAGAAUGCCGCUGGCUACAUCCACAGAUCAUGGCAAAGACCUGCCCAGUGUUCAGCUGCUCAUCAAAAAGAACCAGACCCUGCAGAAGGAGAUCCAGGGCCACCAGCCUCGUAUUGACGACCUGCAGGCCCAUGGGCGCAACAUGGGCCCCGGCCACGGGACGGAGGUGGGCGGGGAGCGGCAGGCUGUCUUAGACGAGCGUCUGAACGAGCUCGGGGAGCUGUGGGCGCGGCUUAUCUCGGAGACGGAGCAGAGACACGCACGCCUGGUGGAGGCUCAUCGUGCUCAGCAGUUCUACGCGGACGCCGCCGAGGCCGAGGCCUGGAUGGGAGAGCAGGAGCUGCAUAUGAUGUCUGAAGAGAAGGCCAAGGAUGAGCAGAGCGCUUUGGUCAUGGUAAAGAAGCACCAGAUCCUCGAGCAGGCACUGGAGGAUUACGCUCAGACCAUCCACCAGUUGGCCAACAGCAGCAGACUCAUGGUGGACGGCGAACAUCCUGAGAGUGAGCGAAUCACGCUGAGGCAGGCUCAGGUGGAUAAGCUGUACGCCGGCCUGAAGGACCUGGCCGAGGAGAGGAGGGGGAAACUGCAGGAGUGUCUGCGUCUCACACAGCUGAAGCGAGAGGUGGACGAUCUGGAGCAGUGGAUCGCCGAGAGGGAGGUGGUUGCCGGCUCGCACGAGCUCGGCCAGGACUACGAGCACGUCACUAUGCUGCGGGAUCGUUUCCGGGAGUUUGCGCGGGACACGAGUGCGAUCGGACAGGAGCGUGUGGACGCGGUGAACGCCCAGGCGGACGCUCUGAUCGAGUCAGGCCACCCAGAGAAUGCCAGCGUGGCAGAGUGGAAGGACGGGCUGAACGACGCCUGGGCAGACCUCCUGGAGCUCAUGGACACUCGCACGCAGAUGCUGGCUGCUUCAUACGAGCUGCAGCGCUUCCAGCAGGACGCUCGCGAGGCGCUGGCACGCGUCCGCAACAAGAGGGAGGCGCUGAACUCGGCCGAGCUGGGCCGCGACCUCAACACCGUGCAGCACCUCCACCGGCAGCACACGGCCUACGAGCAUGACGUGCACGCGCUCAGCGGACAGGUGACACAGGUGCAGGACGACGCGGCACGUCUGCAGAAAGCGUACGCGGGAGAGAAGGCAGACGACAUCCACCGGCACGAGCGUGCCGUCACUGAGGCGUGGGAGGGGCUUCUGGCUGCCACUCAAGCCAGACGGCUGCUGCUAUUGGACACGGUGGAGAAGUUCCGCUUCUUUAACAUGGUCCGAGAUCUGAUGCUGUGGAUGGACGGCAUUAACUUACAGAUCCAGUCUCAUGACAGCCCCAGGGACGUGUCAUCAGCUGGGCUCGUCAUUGCGAACCACCAGGAUAUUAAAGCGGAGAUCGAGGCCCGAUCCGGCAGCUUCACCGCCUGCACUGAUAUGGGACACGCCCUCAUCAACAACAACCAUUACGCUUCAGAUGAGAUCCGGGAGAAACUGGAUCAGCUUCAGGAGAAGAGAGACGAAAUCAACCAGAAGUGGCAGGACAAAAUGGACCACCUGCAGAUUGUCUUGGAGGUGCUGCAGUUCAGCCGGGACGCCUCCGUGGCGGAGUCGUGGUUAGCGGGUCAGGAGCCGCUGGUGCGCGCGGCUGAGCUCGGGUCCAACGUGGACGAGGUGGAGAGCCUCAUCAAGCGACACGAAGCCUUCGAGAAGCUCGCUGCUGGCUGGGAGGAGCGUUUCGUUCAGCUUGAGAAGCUCACCACGCUCGAGGAACAGGAGAUUCUGAGAAGGAAGGAAGAAGAGGAGAGGGCGCGAAGACCUCCGACGCCUCCCCCCGCAGAGGAAGUGGUACAGUCCGAGGCUGAAUAUGAGUCCGGAGCAAGGACGAGUUUGGACCAGACCACACUGAACCAGUCAGUGUCUGUUAAUGGAAUCCACAGUGACCAGGACACGUCACAGUCCUUAUCGGUCUCGGUAUCUGAACUCCCGAACGCGGAACCGAAACCUCUUACAAAACCGGACUCUAAGCCGGUCUCUGUGCCCAAACCCUACAAGGCACAGCAGCGUGGCUCUGAGGUGGAGUCAGUGAACGGCCCUGGCCAGGACAGUGGGUUGGACACGGCAUCACGCCACGAGCCAUCGGGCACACUGCCCAGCCGAAUGGAGGCACCCUCUGAGGCCAUGGAGGGAAUACUGUGCAGGAAACAGGAAAUGGAGAGCCAGGGCAAGAAAGCAGCCAACAGAUCGUGGCAAAACGUGUACUGCGUGCUGAGGAAGGGCAGUCUGGCCUUCUAUAAGGACAAUAAGAGCGCGUCUAACGGCAUCCCCUACCACGGAGAAGUUCCCAUCAGCCUCAGCGAGGCCACCUGUGAAGUCGCCCAUGACUACAAGAAGAGAAAACACGUCUUCAAACUAAAGCUGGGAGAUGGAAAGGAGUUCCUGUUCCAAGCCAAGGACGAGGCUGAGAUGAGUUCCUGGAUUCGAGCGAUCCACUCCUCCAUGCCGGCGAAUACCGCUGAUGAUCUUUCUCCGGCUCCACCUCUGACGCGAGCCAUGACGAUGCCACCGAUGUCCCCCACCGAGACUGAGGGCGGAGGCGUGACCAUGCGCAGUAAAGAGGGCAAAGAGAGAGACCGAGAGAAACGCUUCAGCUUCUUCGGGAAGAAGAAGUAAAGAGGAAAAGAAAGGAGGGGAAAAGCGUGAACUGUCUGAGACGAGAGGAAGACUGCGCCCUCUAUUGUCACAUAGCUAUACACCUUUUACUUUCUCCAUCACUGUCCCACCCACUGUCAUCCUUCUGUAACGUAGCCCCGCCUCCUGAAGGACCAGGGCUCAUCAGUGACACCUCUGUUGAUUGGAUGACUUUAUUUUAACACUGUCCUGGAGUUAGGAGUCGGGGCUUAGCAGCCUUUCCCUUAAAGCGGCACUUCCAAAGUUUUCUUCUUUCAUCCUUUACAUUCAUCUUAUUUGACCUUGUGAAGGAUCGGAAUUAGUUUUUUGUUUUUUUUUCCCCUUGUUUUUCCGAGUACGAAUGUUCAUGUUCCUAGUUAAUAUAUCAGAUUGUUAUUAUUUAACGAUGAUUUGUGACAAUAAUAUUUAAAGAGAAAAUCCAAGUGCAGCAAGCAGCGACUCUGGUUUUAGAGAGGGAACACCAUUUCCGCUUCCACACACAUGUCUAGAACCUGAGGAUGAAGAGCUUGAGAAUAGAACCUGGGUUUUAGAUUUCUACAAUUGACAGCACAUACGGUUUCAGUUUUUUUAUUUAAUUUUUUUUCAUUAAAAAUAGUUCAGGUUUAGAUUAGUGUUUUAUUUUUCUGGUGUGCAGGGGAUAACUAUUAAAAACAAAAAAUACUAAAAAGUCUGGAAGCUUCUGUUUAAGUUGGGAUUUAUUUUCUAUCCCCAAAAGUUUUUACAUUGAGGGUUUUUUUUGAGGUGUUUUGCUGCACAAUAAACUUCGUCUUUAUUCCUCUAAUUCACACUAAAACAUAAAAGGAUCAUAGGAUGGGAUUGUUUUCCUUCCCUUCCCUUCUCCUUCUCUUAUCUUUUGUGUGAUUUUGAGACAUUCUGGAAAAAUCACUUCGCUGUAGAACGUUUGUGAAACGAAACACUGGACGAGAAACGAAACUACUGUCCUCUUUUUUUUUUUUUUUUUUUUCCUCCCAUAAAUGUGGACCAAAUCUACCUUUCUCACCCCUCUGUUCGUCGAUCAAUACGCUAUGCUGUAUUACUGAUAAAUCACAAAACGAUGCUUUAAACGUGGGAACAGAAAAGGGGGCGUGGCUUAAUUGACCAAUAUUUUCGAUGCUAUUUUUGCAUUUGUACACAGGAGAGCAUGGUGUGUGUUCGUUUUGCAUUUAUCCGGUGUAGCAUGAACACAGUAUUUUUGUAGGCAGAGGCGGUGUGUUCGUCGGCCUGGUCCUAAUCGCCGCUAGCGAGCUUGCCUUGAUAUGUUUGUGAUGUUUGAUUUAAGAAGUAGCCAUGGGGGUGGGGCGGGGAAUUUUGUCGAUGUACGAUGAAGCCCCUUCGUCUGAGGGGAGCGGAGUAUCAAAACGAGAACCCAUAACUCAUAGUGGCACUUUGGAGCGGUGCACAUGCAGGAAGAUACACAAAGUAAACGACUGAGCUUUUUUCUUCUUCUUAAUUUCAGUCAUUUUUACGUGAAAUCAUCUCACCGGCUACGGCGAGGAAUAAAACUCAGCCGCACACUCAAGUCACAAGUAUAUAUGCAAAAAUAAGAGGCAUGUGCUGAUAGUAAGUUAUGCAAUAUAUCAUAAUAUUCAGCGCACAUGCAGUACUGUUAUUGUGGAUGCUUGAAAAUGUUGCAUUUGCAGUUGAGGGUUUUGUUUUUGUUUUUUUUUUGGUGCACAGUUUCUACAGAAAAACCUGGAACUGGAACCCGGAUUAAAAAGUGAAGCAGAUCCAGUGAUCCUAUAGUUCAAUAUCAGCACAUGCCUAAAGCACACACUGAUCUGAUUCUCACCUCAGCCGGUUUACCGCUCCGAUUGGUCAGUGGCAGUUGUCGUGACUUGUGACAUCAUCCCGUUCGAUGAUUCAGGUUUGCUCACGUCAGCCAAUCAGCUUCCAGAUGACACUCUUUGCAUACGUAGCUGAAACCUGGUAGCACUCUUCAAUGUAACCCCAACCGGAACUCACCGCUUUGUCCAUUCACUAUGCGGAUACGAACGGAAAUAUGCUGUUUUCUGAAUUGUGGAGAUUUUUUUUUUUGUGAACCAUUUAUCUCCAUCUGAAUUUGUACCUCAGAUUUCUUUUACAACCAAGGUGUGGCGCCCAAAGUUAAUAUGGAUAAGUUGAUUGAGGUUGGCGUCACCCAUAACAGAAUAUGAUGCGUAAGCGUCAUGCACCAAAAUUUAGAAAGGUACAUUUUAUUGCCAAAGUCGACCUUUAAAUUGACUGGAAAUAUGACUAACAUAAAAUGUCGUGUGUGUGUGUGUGUGUGUGUGUGUGUGUGUGUUCUCACUGUGUGCACAGGGUUGUGUAAAAAAAAAAAAAAAGUCAAUAAUAGUUAUAAUUUUACCGCAUCCUUAAAUGGGCUUCGGUUAAUUUCAGUGAGCUUAAUAAAUGAGGGAAAGGUUUUAAAAAUGAAUAAAUUAAUUAAUAAAAACAAAUGCUAAUUUUAGCUCCUGAGGGUUGAGCAGAAAGAGUUUGUGUUUUUUUUUUAUAUAUAUAUAUAUAAAUGUUCCCCCAUGUCAUUCGACUGUUUCUGUGUCUUUAAAUGGAAUUGAGUUGUUAAUACAGUUGUUAUUCUGAUUAAUAAUAUUAUUAAUACAAAAACACUUCUGAUGA